ACCCCGCGGCCGCCCGCCUGAGGAGGGACCCCGCGGGGCCGCGGCCUGCCCGUGCCUGGGCCCCUCUCCGCGCCCGCCUCGGCCUCGGCUCAGGUCUCCGCCGCCCCCCGCCCAGUCCGGGGCUCCUCCCCUGCCGCCAGCCCCCGCGCCCCCUUUGUCACUGAAGCACAAAGGUCCUCGUCGGCCCGGGGGAGACUGGAGCUCCCUCCGUAAAGCUCUGCCCCGGUGGCGGGGAUCGGAGCAGCCUUCUGUUGAGUCUUCAAGCCCAGGAGGUUCAGCAACAUCUGAUGACCAUGAAUUUGAUCCAUCAGCUGAUAUGCUGGUGCAUGACUUUGAUGAUGAACGGACAUUAGAAGAGGAGGAAAUGAUGGAAGGAGAAACAAACUUCAGUUCUGAAAUAGAGGAUCUUAACAGGGAAAGCGACAUGCCAAUCCAGGAGUUACUGAGCCGUUACGGCUACGACGGUACCGUUCCACUCCAAGAAGAUGAUGAUGAUGAAGAUGAGGAAGAGGAAGAGGAGGAAGGAGAAGAUGAUGAUGAUGUUGAUAAUGAUGACAACAGUGGCUGUAGUGGUGAAAACAAAGAGGAGACCAUAAAAGAUUCAUCAGGGCAGGAGGAUGAGACACAGUCAUCUAAUGACGACCCAGCACCAUCUGUUGCUUCUCAAGAUCCACAGGAGAUAAUUCGCCCUCGUCGAUGUAAAUAUUUUGAUACAAACAGUGAAAUAGAAGAGGAAUCUGAAGAAGAUGAAGAUUAUAUUCCCUCAGAAGACUGGAAAAAGGAAAUCAUGGUGGGCUCGAUGUUUCAAGCUGAAAUUCCAGCUGGCACAUGCAAAUACAAAGAGAAUGAGAAAGUGUAUGAAAAUGAUGACCAGCUGCUCUGGAAUCCUGACUUCUUGCCAGAAGAUAAAGUGAUCGAGUUCCUAAAUGAGGCAUCGAGGCGUACGGGUGAUGAGAAAGGCCUGGAUGCAAUUCCUGAAGGAUCACAUAUUAAAGACAAUGAGCAGGCAUUGUAUGAGCUGGUUAAGUGCAAUUUUGAUACCGAAGAAUCAUUACGAAGGCUGAGAUUUAACGUCAAAGCAGCCAGAGAAGAAUUAUCUGUUUGGACAGAAGAAGAAUGCAGGAACUUUGAACAAGGGCUGAAAGUCUAUGGCAAGGAUUUUCAUGUGAUUCAGGCAAAUAAGGUACGAACACGAUCAGUUGGUGAGUGUGUAGCAUUUUAUUACAUGUGGAAGAAAUCAGAGCGUUAUGAUUUCUUUGCGCAGCAGACGCGAUUUGGAAAGAAGAAAUACAAUCUUCACCCUGGUGUAACGGAUUAUAUGGACCGUCUCCUGGAUGAAAGUGAAAGUGCUGCAUCCAGUAGAGCUCCCUCCCCUCCUCCUACAACUUCCAACAGCAGCACCAGCCAGUCUGAGCGGGAAGACAGCACAACCAGCAGCAGCAAUCAGAAUGGGGUGUCUGCUAAUGGCCCAGGUGAGAUACCAAACAAAGAUGAAGCAAAAACUGAAGGAUUGCAUGUAAAUGGACCUACUAGUGGGAAGAAAACACCUCACACGGAUCUGGAUACAAAUGGGUAUGAGACUGAGAACCUUUCCAUCGACCCAAAACUUGCUCAUUCAGCUUCAAGAAACGAGAAUGAUUUUGAAGAAAAAAAUGAAAGACCUCUAAAAAGAAGAAGAAUUAACAGCAAUGGCAAAGAGAGCCCAGGUUCUUCAGAGUUCUUCCAAGAAUCAAAUUCACACGGGAAGCUUGAAGAACUAGAAACUUUGGAUGACUGAGUGCUAGGAGCUGAUUUUUAUUCCUUGGAGUAAAUGUGGGGUGUCUAAAAUUUUCAGGGUUGAUGGGUUACCUUGCAAAAUCCAGCUCCCUAAAGCAAUCUGCUGAGAUUUUUUUUCCUAUUACCUUCUAGGUGGCUCUUAAGAUCUGAUGAGUUUUGGGGAUUUAUUCAGUGCUGAAGAGCACUAGGAGACUAUUUUGUUUCUCAGAGCUGGCAACUGCAGUUCUGGGAGCAACAGUAAGGCUCUUAAAAACAUUAGUGAAACAAAUCAGUGAGUUUGUACAAAAAUACUCCCAGCCUAAUCCAUUUAAAGAAACUUCUGUGUGUAACACACCAUGUAAGCAUUGUACAAGUGAACAAAGCAUCCUAUUUGAAGCAAGGGGCUGGUUCAAACCUUGCAGGAGGUUAAAAUGAAAUAGAAGACGUGCAUCAGAGCAGGCACCGAGAGCAAGAGGAAAGCACCAUCCCGUUGUUAAGGAACCCGUGUGAAUCCUGAAAGUUAUGAGCACAACUAUUUUUAUAUAUAGAAGUUUUAAAAGGUAAAUAAAUAAACCAGGUCAGGUUUGUCUAUGUAAAAUUGUUGACAUCAAUGAUGUCUUUCCAUAUUCUUUAUCUGGGCUAAAGAAAUACGUUCUGUAUUUUUCCAGAUUCCUUUGUAGCCUUUGAAAGAUUUUUACAGUACUUAUGUCUUGAUUGAACUGUCCUUUCUUAAAACUAAAGCUUGUAUAAUUUUCUUAACUUGUACAGUUGGUAAACUUUUAUGAGAGAAUUGA